UCAGCUUUUAUUUCUUUCAUCACGUUCCCAGUGGGUCAGAAGUUUACAUACACUCAAUUAGUAUUUGGUAGCAUUGCCUUUAAAUUGUUUAACUUGGGUCAAACGUUUCGGUUGGUCUUCCACAAGCUUCCCACAAUAAGUUUACUGAAUUUUGGCCCAUUCCUCCUGACAGAGCUGGUGUAACUGAGUCAGGUUUGUAGGCCUCCUUGCUCGCACACGCUUUUUCAGUUCUGCCCACACAUUUUCUAUAGGAUUGAAGUCAGGGCUUUGUGAUGGCCACUCCAAUACCUUGACUUUGUUGUCCUUAAGUCAUUUUGCCACAACUUUGGAAGUAUACUUGGGGUUAUUGUCCAUUUGGAAUACCCACUUGCGACCAACAUCUCAACAUCUUGAGAUGUUGCUUCAAUAUAUAUCAAUAUAUCAAUAUAUCCACAUCAUUUUUGUGGAUAUCACAUCAAAUAAAACUACAAAUAAUCUUAUCUAAGUCCUUUACAAUUUUAGGGGGUAAGUCAAGUGACAACGAGACAUAAACCAAUCUGGAUAACCCUUCAGCUUUGGAUAAUAAUACUCGACCUUAUAACGAAAUAUCUCUCAUCAACCCGAGGUUCAAUUAGUUAAAGUUCAAUUCAGUCCUUUGUUUUUCAUCCUUGCAUAUAACAAUUUCAAUAUAAGUAACCUUAUCUUUAAUUGGGAUACCAAAUACUUCCUGUAAAACACAAUCCUUGAAUGGAAAUAAGACUGACUUACUGAUAUUCAUUUUCAAACCGGAAACUAAGGAAAAGUCUUCAAUACAGGAAACUGCUUUAGAAACCUCAUUCCUGUCUCUUAAAAAUAUUACGAUUCGCCUAGCAUUAAUAGAAAAAACAGAAAUGGACAUUUACUAUCACAGUGACUAGAUGAAGAAUAUUAAACUUGUAUACGUUUACAUGAACCAGGGUCUCACAAAAAGAAAAGUUCUUACUAGUUGCAAAUAAAAACAGUCCUUUGCACCACGCAAGUGGGUGACCUAAAUUCUCUAUAUAUAUAUUUAUACAAUUGCAAAUAACAUUGUACCAUAAAUUGGUAAAAAGUAAUAGCCAUCAAGUUAACAUUAAGGGUCAGUGCGAAUUUCCCUGCCAUAAAAUAAAUAUAUAUAUAACAAAAAGUUUGGCUCACACAAACAAUGCUCUUUCCUCAAGAAAUAUAAAGUUUUAUCAGACGCAAAUAAAACUCAGUCCUGCACAACUCACUUGAUAAAUCCAGCCACAGACGAUUCUGAGCUUCUUUGUCAAAUGCUGUCAGAUCCUCCUUGAACCUCAGGUUGUUCUUCUUUAAAUAGUCAUUUUUCUUUGCACUUUUCCAUGUCAUGUCCCUCACUGUCCUGGAGAUGAAUCUCAUGAUCACUGGUCGUGGUGGCUGGUUGUUUUCCCCAUCUCUCAGCCUACCCAGGCGGUGCACUACAUCCAGAGAACCUGCAACAACAUUUCGCUCCUCCUAUUGCCCUGCAAAUGUCUUGCUUUGAUGUUCUCGUCAGAUUUGUAUGCUAUUCCAUAAAUUCGAAGAUUCCAUCUCCGACUAUACCGGUCAUUCUCGUUUACCUUUUGACUCCAUUUCAGUGAGUUUCUUCUCCUUCUUUGCAACCUGAAUGUUCAAUGUUGCGUUCUGCUGCUUCAGAGUUUUUACUUCCUCAGCACUGAAAUCAAUCGAUUUCUUCAGGUUAACGAUACUGACUGUGUUCUUUUACACCAAAUUCAUGAUGUUAUCUGUACUCUCUGAUUUUAGCCGUGAGGAUGCGGACGAUGUUGUCCUGUAGCUGGCUCAUUGAUGGUUCACUUCUCAGCUUCUUUGGAAGUUGCUCCUUGGUUGGGGUAUUCGGUGUUACAGAUUCACAUUACCGAGCAUGUCUCAACCCGUACCGCGCUUUUAUCUGCCUAAAGGUAUCUUCACGCACGACUGGACAGGCCUUUUGGAUACGCUUGUCCAAGGAUGGUAAUCACAUACAUGAUUGGCUUCAUCUAGAAUCAUGGAUACCUUUCAUACCUUCUCAUCAACAUUGGGACAAUGCAGCUAUAAAUAACAUGGACCAAUAUUUUCAUGGAGUGAGCAAGACCUGCCAGCAGAGCUCACUGGAGCAGGGAGACAUGCCGUCAUCCUUUUGGCGCCUGACAAAGCUUGAGAUUCAGAUCCUGCUGAACGAUGUUAAGCAUUCGAUUAACCACAUGCAGGGGACGCUGAACACCAUGCAGGGGCAGUGUAUUGAGUUGCAGACUGCCAUGUCUAAGUUCAUCACAGCAGCUGAUGUUGCUGUACAGAGGAAGGAGAUCCUCCGAGCAUCAGGCCUCAUCCCUGAACAAAAGGAGUUGAUCCUCCUCAUGGCCAGUAUCACUGCGCAGAGGAAGGGAAUCGUCCCAAUGUCCAGUGUCCCUGCACACAGGGAGGGGAUCCUCCUCACAGCCAGUGUCCCUGUGAAGAAUGGAAACAAUCAUCCACAACCACCUCCCAUCAUCCCCAUGGUGGCACCACUGUGGAAAUGGGAUGGUGGUCCGAUAGUCCAGGAUUAUGAGGAAAAAUUGGCCCUCUUUCUGGGACUCACCCACAAACAGGACCAAGCCUGACCUGCUGAGGAGUGA